GGGAAGUGGCGGUCCGGAAUCUAGGCGACGGGGCGAGACGGGGCGAGACGGGGCCGGUAGGUGGCAGGAAGGGGCUGGGCCGGAGCUGGCGGGAGGGCCAGGCCCCGAGGCCCCCGCCCUGGCUUGCCCGCCCCGGCCGCGGAAGAGAAUACGGAGGAUGAUCUCCAGAUACACUCGGAAGGCCGUGCCACAGAGCGUGGAGCUGAAAGGAAUAACAAAGCACGCUCUUAACCAUCAUCCCCUUCCAGAGCAACUGGAUGAUAUUUCCUCUACCAAUGACGGCUGUGGAAAAGAUACAAGUUCUCAAAGUGAGUCUGACAUCACCCAAGAAUCACCGUUUACAUCAACUGACACCGGGAACUCGCGUUCUGCUUUUCCAAGCUAUGCAGGCACAGGGAUCUCUACAGAAGGCAGCUCUGACUUCUCUUGGGGAUAUGGUGAACUUGACCAAAAUGCCACUGAGAAAGUGCAGGCCAUGUUCACCGCCAUCGAUGAGCUCCUGUACGAGCAGAAGCCGAGUUUGCACACACAGAGUCUGCAGAAAGAGUGCCAGCAGUGGGCAUUCAGCUUUCCUCACCUCAGGAUUUUAGGUAGGCAGAUAAUCACUCCAAGUGAAGGCUAUGGAUUGUACCCUCGAUCACCUUCUGCUGUGUCAACUUCACAUGAAGCAACCUUGUCUCAAGAGAGAGACUCUACCAUAUUUGGUAUAAGGGGAAAGAAGUUACAUUUUUCAUCUUCUUAUGCUCAUAAAGCAUCUCCCACCACUAAACCCUCUGGCUUGUCCACUGCGGAAGGGGGAGAGGAGGACUGUAUAAUCUUUUCUGAAGGAAUAAUUGAGGAGUACCUGGCUUUCGACCACACAGACGCGGAAGAGGGAUUUCAUGGAAACAAAUCAGAAGCAGCUACAGAGAAACAGAAAUUAGGGUACCCUCCCAUUGCACCAUUUUACUGCAUGAAAGAGGAUGUCCUUGCUUAUGUUUUUGACAGCGUGUGGAGCAAGGUUGUGGGCUGUAUGGAGCAGUUGACACGUAGUCACUGGGAGGGAUUUGCUUCUGAUGAUGAGAGUAACAUUGAAAUUACCAGACUGGAUUCGGCAAGUCCCUGUGUGCUGAAUGAACAGCAUCCCUUGGUUUUACCUCGAGUGCCGCAGUCUAAGGUGCUGUCCAUCACCUCAAAUCCGAUGAGUUUCUGUCAAGCAAGUGGUCACCAGCCAAACGUGAAUGGCCUCUUGGUUCACGGGAUGCCUCUACAGCCAAGGAACCUCUCCCUGAUGGAUAAGCUCCUAGAUCUUGAUGACAAGCUACUUAUGAGGCCUGGCUCCAGUUCCGUCCUUUCAAACCGAAAUUGGCCAAACCGAGUCCUGGACCUCAGUACAUCAUCUUUGUCAUAUACAGCACAGUCCGCCAGGAGACGCAACCCCCCACCACGCACCCUUCAUCCGAUCAGCACAAACCACUCACGUGCUGGGACACCAUGGCCUGCAGAAGAAAUCCUCAGAGGAUCCCAAGUUCCGGCGACUGCAGACACGCUCUCUUCUCCCUCACCGAUGCCCCUGGGUCGGAACAACCUGCUGCCACCUAUUGGAACAGCUGAAGUAGAACGGCUGAGCAACAUGGGGUCGCAGCGGCCAGCAAAAGCCCACGGUGACUCCAGCAGAGCUCGAAGUGCAGUGGUGGACGAGCCGAACCAGCAGCCCCGAGAGAGGCUCCUUUUACCUGUCUUCUCUAGACCCAACACAACUCAGUCAUUUUUGCCAGACACACAGUACCGAAAUUCCUGUGCAUCUGAGUAUCCUCACCAGGCCCAACCUGGCAGAGGGGCUGCAGGUACAGAGAACCCAAGGCUCCCAGCAUCCAUGUCAGGCAACUCACAACCACCUGUAAGUCCAGAUCCGAGAGAUCAGACUCCCUCUUCCGGCCCCCACAGGUCCUCAGUCACAUGGGUCUACAGAACCUCAAAGCAGAGGCGGACCCACCUCUAGAGCCAGGCGGUGAUCAAAGGACAAGUGAGAGCCCGCAGGGCUGCAGCAGACUGCGAACACAUGGAGGGCUUCAUGCACCAGUGCUCAGGCACCAAAUAAUGCACAGCUCCUACAGACAGCAGCUUGGUCCAUCUUCAAGGGUUAUCUUGGU